AUGCUCGAGGUGAUCCUGAUACCGGCGCUGAACGCCGCUUUCAACAACGUCAUCGCGGAUUGGGGUGGUUUCGGUGCCCUGCGCAUGCUGCGCCUCGCCAAGGUCAUCAGGAUCUGCCGCGUCUUCGGCGCCUCCUCGGACGCCGGGCCGUUCUUCAAGGGGCUGCUGUCGGGUCUGCGCUCCGCGGCCUUCAUCUGGGCCAUUCUCCUCGCCAUGCUCUUCGUCUUCGGUGUUCUGCUGAGGCUGAACGCGGACGAGAAUGUGGCGCUGGAGUACUUCCCGAGUGUGCCUGUAGCCAUGGUGACGCUUGUGUCGAGGGGCAUUUUUGCGGACAAUAUCGGAGCAGUGAUCGACAGCAUGAUUCUCCACAGGGAUGCGACGAGCCUGGUCCUUUUUUUGAUAUUCGUCUUCCUGGCGCUCUUUAACAUGCUGAACAUGCUCA